AUGGGCGCUUCGAAAUUACGGGGUGCGGGUGGCCUUGGUAGAGAAUGUCUCAUCGCGUUCUCACUGUCCGGCGCGAACUGCGCCUGUGUUGACCUUGAUCUCGAGGCCUGCCAGACAGCCAUCGCCGAUACAGCGGCCCAAGUCCUCCAAGACACAGGGUCCGGGUCCGGAAAACUAGGUGCAUACGCAUGCGACACUACCAGCGAGGAGCAAGUCGAGGCCACGGUCAGCCGCGUCGUGCAGGACUUUGGUCAGAUCGACGUUCUCAUCACCUGCGCAGGGAUCUGCAUCAGUCGUGAGGCUGAGGCCGUCGACCUCGCGACUUGGCGCAAAGUCAUUGCCGUUAACCUCGACGGCACCUAUCUCUUCGCGCGCAGCGUCGGCAAGCACAUGCUGGAGAAUAAAGUGCAGGCCUCGUACAAUGCUUCCAAGUCUGGCGUUAACGCGUUGGCGCUGUCUCUGGCUACGGAGUGGGCGGAUCGGGGAAUCCGUGUCAACUCGCUGAGUCCGGGCUUCAUGUCUACGCCGCUGAUGACGAGGCAGACUGGGAAGAAGGAUAAUGACGAGCCGCUUACGGACUUGCAGAAGGAAUGGAUCAAGCAGAUCCCUAUGGGUAUGGUUGGCCAGUAA